UCUACUGGAGCCUUAAAAUAACACGUUCCUGGGACCCAGAAGACUUUCUGUAUUAAAAAGCCUGUGAUGGAUGGCAUCCCACUGCAUAGACGUUCACAGACACUCCUAUGAUUAACUGCCUUCUCUCCUGCAAAGGGGCCGGCCCAGGACACUUUUUAUUAGCUCAAUGAAAGGCCAUAUUUGGUUUUCCUGGGGAGCAACUGGAAGAGACCUUAUAUAUGAAAGACCUAUGAAACUUCCCAGAAGGAACUUUUUGCUAUUCUCAUGAGCACACCCAUGUCUAAAUUUAUAUUGUCUUUUUCCAUCUGUGGACAUUUGGAAAUCUAAGUACGAUGUAUAUUAAACACACUUUUUCUACCAUUUGAGAGUUACUGAGAAUUUUUGCUGCUCUGUAGCUGUGGAGGGGUCAUUUUAUUAAAGAUUUGUAAUCUAGAACUGCAGUUUCUUAAGAAACAGAUUUUUCUAAAAGGGAAAUAUUCUGUGCAUGAAAUAACCAUCUUGUCUUAUUUUAGAAUUGUACUUCUCUCUCAACUCCUUCAUAUAAAAUGUGUAACCCUCCCACCAAAAAAAAAAGGGGGGGGGUGGAUCUUAGGUUGGAGAGAAGCAGAGUCCUUCCGAAGCCAGAGUGAUUUUCCAGGUGUUCAGCAUUGUUAUGACAUAUGCCGCUCUCUGGUACACUGGCUGCUACUGGAGCAGCCAGUGAAGACCAGCUGGCAGCCAACCCUCUCCUCAAUAACCUUGGAAGAAAGUCGCCAAGUGUCAUUUAAAAGUCCGUAUAUGGCUUCCUGCGCUGAAGUCUCUGUCGAAAAGAGAAAAUCUGGAGUCCCUGAACUCAAGUAGUGCCAGGGGCCGUGCCAGUUCGGACCCAGGUCUCCUGAGCUGGGAGAGAGACCAGCUGGCCGGGAAGAUGAAGAAAUAAGACCCGAGAGGAGAGGAGCGUCUCCUGGGCCUGGGAGGGCCUGCCUCUGUAAUUAUUUACGCUCCCGCUAGGUGUCACUGUUGCCUUAUACAUCUAUGGGAAAGGUAACCUCUAGUACUGAUGGCUUUCUUUAGCCUGUCCUGAGUAAAAAUAAAUUCUAUUUUUACUGGAUGGACUUUUCCAUAGUCUGGAAGUACACAUGACUCAUCCUGAGAGCAUGUACCCUUCCCAACAAGCCAAAAGUUGUAUUUUCUUUAUUUUCUCAAUCCCUUGGCAGUGUGUGACUUUGCAAAGACUGAAUUAAGAAAAAUGAAGAUGUGAGAAUUGUCUGAACUUCCUUAAAAAUUAAAAAAGAAAGAAAGAAAGAAAUCAUCCCAGUAUUCUAGAUAUAAACAGCUCCUACUCAGGAAACUGCCCCCGUCCUCUUGUUAACAUGUAUUUUCUACUCCUGGAGGAAGUGGAGGCAAGAGAGCUGGCCAGCCCCUUGCUAGGACUUGACCCCCUCAGACCCUGCCACCUGCAGAGGAGGGAGAAAAGAAGCCAAGACCGCACAGCGGGGACCAUGAGAACCUGAUGAACGUGCCUUCUGACAAGGAGAUGUUCAGCCGCUCUGUCACCAGCCUGGCCACAGAUGCGCCCCCCAGCAGCGAGCAGAACGGAGCUCUCACCAACGGAGACAUUCUUUCAGAAGACAGCACGGUGACCUGCAUGCAACAUUAUGAGGAAGUCCAGACCUCAGCUUCGGAUCUGCUGGACUCCCAGGACAGCACAGGGAAGCCAAAAUGUCAUCAAAGCCGAGAGUUGCCCAGAAUUCCCCCUGAGAGCUCAGUGGACACGAUGCACAAUGGCAGAAGUGCGGAUGGGGACCAGGGUCUGGGGAUGGAAGGACCCUAUGAAGUGCUUAAGGAUAGUUCCUCGCAAGAAAACAUGGUGGAAGACUGCUUGUAUGAAACCGUGAAUGAAAUUAAGGAGGUGACGGCAGCUGCCCAGCCGAGUCGAGGCCACAGCGGCAGGUCAAAAUUGACUUCUGGCGUGAAAGAGCUUCCGGGGCCGCAGGCCAACAGCAGAACAGACUUUGCUGAGUAUGCCUCCGUGGACAGAAACAAAAAGUGUCGACAAAGCGUCAACGCAGAGAUUCUUCUUGGAAAUUCAUGUGAUCCAGAAGAGGAGGCCCCGCCUCCUGUCCCCGUGAAACUCCUAGACGAAAAUGAAAACCUUCAGAAGGAAGAGAGUCAAGCAAGAGAAGAGGGAGCUGCGGAGGGGACCAGUGAGACCAACAAGAGACUUAGUUCAUUGUCAUACAAGUCCCGGGAAGAAGACCCAACUCUUACAGAAGAAGAGAUCUCGGCCAUGUAUUCAUCAGUGCAUAAAAAAGGACAGCCAGGCAACAAAUCAGGACAGUCACUUAAAGUACCCGAGGCCUCCUACACCUCCAUGCAAGGAGCUGCUCCGAGGUCCCCCUCUUCCUGUAACGAUCUCUAUGCCACUGUUAAAGACUUUGAGAAGAUGCCGAAUAGUGUCAGCACACUUCCAGCAGCAGGCAGGCCCAGCGAGGAGCCUGAGCCAGAUUAUGAAGCAAUACAGACUCUAAACAGAGAGGAAGAGAAGGCUGCCUCAGAGACCAACAGUCACCAUGGCCUUUGCCCAAAGGAGAAUGAUUACGAGAGCAUCGGGGACUUGCAGCAGCAAUGCCGAGAUAUCACCAGGCUCUAGCAGCCUGGAAAGGACCCAGCUAGCCUAGGACCAGCCGGCAAAGCCAGGGCUGCUGCAGAAGACAAGAAGCGACGUCAGCCACACUUCAUAUGCUGCUUUAGGAAAGGGAAGCCGAUCGGAGAUGCCAGGACUGCUUCUCAGUUUGGGGAGAAAUGAGGGAGGCCCCCUGCUGCCAGGGCCCUGGUAGACCCAGGCACGCCUGUGUCAAGCACCCACACCCUCUGGAAGGAUCCCGGCUGUCAGCCGUCUCACCCUCUCCAUGAAGAAAGCCACGCGGUGAGAAAGAAUGACAUUCAAAAACCACAGCUCAUCUGCCUGAAACACUGCCAUUCACAGGAGCUGGGUUUCUCUCCCUCUCUCCUCUUCGCUGCCUGCUACUGAUAGUUAAGAUGAAUGGCAUUUUUCUCUUUGACAUCUUCCGAUUUAUAAUGGCUCAUUCCAAGGAUUUUCUCCCACCAGGCUGGGCCUUUGCCUUCAAGUGGGUGUUUUCCGUUGCUGAGAAAUUGUGGUUGCUAUUUCCGGUCUGCUCCCCAGCCCCUUCAAAGAGCUGCACCUGGGAACCCAAGCCCCCAACCAGUGGGGACGCCCCUUGGGUUUCCUAGCUCUUCAUUCCUUCUGAUUUGGGCACUCCAUGUCAGUAGCCUCUUCCAAAGUACUUGAAGUCAUUGUUAGAUGCUUUAUUUUAUUUUUAUCAUCAACAUGGUUUUUUUCCCCCCAGUGUUUGAAACUCUUCAGUCUUUUCAGUAUUUUCAAAGAAUAUCAUGGUACUUCUAUACUUGUUUUAGUCCAGCUCAUUCUUCCAAAACAGAGAGCCUUAAUCUCCCCGUUGGGACACAGACCACGUGUUUGGGUGGCAGCCCCAGCAUCCAUCUCUUCCCAAGGGCUGUGGACUUGAAUGUGUAUUUCUGAUGAUCUCCGCUGCCACACUGACGGUGCAGGAGUUCAUACAUGAACUGCUCCCCUAAGGUAAUCUAUCUGAGAUUAAAAUAUAAACAUUUAUUUUUGUUAUAUAAAUUUAUAAGGUAUUUUAUGUUUAAUGCCUAAUUUCUAGAAAGUGCCAGAUAAAAUAUAUAUUAACUAUUUUGAUUUGAUGUACAAUGAUUUAUAGUCUCAUUUUGAAAAGACACCAUAAAGCACAUAAGCUUGUACCAGUAGUUGUUAUCUUUUUUCUAACCAAGUGUUUAAAACAUGGAAGGUUUUUAAAGACGUGACUUUUCAAAUGGUACUUAGAGCUCUUGGUCAAAAAUCAGCUGACUCAUUGGAGAAAUAAGUGGAAUAAACAUAAAUGAUCAUCUUCAAUGGUUUGUGGUAGGCAAUAGUGAAAUAUUUGAAAUGGUAAAAAUGGAAAGAGGAACAAGAUAUGACUAGGGAUGACUGACGAUUAACCUUAUGAAAGUAUUAUGAUUCCAUUAAGGUUUAGGUACAUUUUUAAGAAAACGGUGAUGAAUUCUGUAGCCUGGUGCUUGCAAAUGUAAAUUGCCUGUUGGGAUUUUUUUUUCCCCUUCAUUUUAUAAAAAUCAGUGGCUGAAAUAACUCAGAUUGAGAGCUCAGCCUGGUUUGAAUUUAAUCAUCUCUUUAGAUUUUAUAAGGCCGACAUUGGGAAAGUUAUUCACUUUUCAUUUUAAAAGGAACCUGGUUGAAGUGCUAUUAUGUAGUGUAGGCUACAGAAAAGAAGCUUUUCCUACACUGUAAAGAAAAAAAAAAAGGCAAUUAUUCCUUACCGCUGUGACAUCUGCGACUUUUCAGAUUGAAUAAUCUUACUGUUUUCACUCAUUAGGAUAAAGAAUGCAGUUGGGAGGAUGAAGCAUCUUGAAAAUUGUAGGGACCAGCUCCCGGGCAUGUUUUUUUUCCAUUCCUUGCAUUCAUGGCUUGAUUUUGUGACUGCUCUGUAAUACGUUUCUGCAAUUGUAAAAUAGCUCAGUUGGGGUAAAUGGUUUGCUUGUUAUUUUCCAAUCAGCCUGGUCUCUCCCAUGAAGACUUUAUGUGCAUAAAAGCACAAUCAUCAUUGAUCAAAAGAUCAUGGGAGAAUAACCUUGGAUCAGGGAGAAGUUUAUCAGAAAGAUGCAAGGCCCAUACUCUGAAUUCAUCUCCUUUGUAAGCACUGGUUUGCCCAGUGAUUCUCAUUGCUUAUUAUGAAUGAGUCUGACCCAACAACCUCAGUAUCAUGGGGUUGCUUUGGCACCUGCUGACAGCCACAUCACACUGCUCACCCAGCCUUGUGCAUGCUGCAGUCACGUCCUUUAUGAGCCCCUGACUGCUCAAAAGUUGUAGUUCAUGACGUCUCACUUACGACCAAGGAAAUGGGUAUGUUCUCUAAAGAGUGAAGCCAUUUCUAGAUAGGGAAGCUCUUUAUAAAUAGUCAUAUCAUUUUGAAAUUUCAUUAUCAGAAUUCCCCCAGAAGUUUCAAAAUAAGGGCUAUGCCUUAUGGCCGUAAAGUGUGCAGUGAAAUCUCUCUCUCAAUUGGAGAACCUGUGCUAAGAAUAAGUUGUGAUGUAAAGUAUUAAAAGAGAACUGUAAGGGCCUUCAGAACACAUCCUGAAAGAGUAAGUAAUAGCACAAUCCCUGAGGGCUAGGGGGUGAGAGACGCAGAGUGGACUUUGGGAGAUGGCUCUGCUCUUUAGACCAUUAGGUACCUUACUGAAGUAUUUUUAUUGAUGUAGCAUCACUGUUUUAACCCUAUAGUACAGUAUUUCAUAAAUUUCAUCACUUUUUAAAAAUUUUAUUUGUUGAAACUUAUGCUAGAAUCUUUAGGUUGGAAGCCUAUGGUUUCUUUAAAAAGUUUUCAUCUUAAAAGCUACGUAGUUUAAAUGUAUGAAAGGUAAUUAUCAAGAAAGAAUGAGUUUACUGUAUCUUUAAAAUUCAAUUUGACAUCCAUAUUAUGUAUGCAUUGAACUAUAAUAACUAGGUUAUUAUAAUCUUGCCUAGGAUCUUUGCUUUUAUUCAUGUAUUUUGAAAGUUUCAAAGAACUUUUUACUGAUUCUCAGAUAUUGUCUGCCAGCAGGGAAGUGUAACCUGUGUUAUGUGAAAUGUUUGAGGAGAUUUUAAAUUCUAGGAGAAAGUAAUUUUUGCACAUAUCUUUGCCACAAAUAUUUUUUUUUCCUGCCCUUCACUAAAUUAUAUCAUUGGGAUUAUUAAAGCUUUUGAAGGUGCCACUCUCCUUUGUAGGAAAAAGGCUAAUUACUGAUUUAUCUGCCCUUAAAAUCUGAGCAUUGAUUCUAAUUGAGUGCUAGAUUAACAAUAGGUAGCUAGCAAAAACAACUGAAAUUUAACCUCAGCAUGUUACUAGAUCUAGCUCUCAUAUUUGAUUUUAAUUUUUCAAAUUAGAGCAUUUACUUACUUUUACCAGUAACUAUAUAUAUAGGGCUUCCCUGGUGGCUUAGACUGUAAAGAAUAUGCCUGCAAUGCGGGAGAC